UCAGUGGAAGCAACUGUGUUACGGUUCGAAGGUUUAAGUAGUCGCGGUCGUCGUAGCAGACGUUCGUGGUCAGACACGUGUUUCCCAGUGAUCGUGACAAAAAUCGUAUCAGAGCAAGCCUCAUCAUUCGCUUCACCGAACGGAGAUGGUGGACGUAACAACAGCUCCGCCAUCCACCGGUGGAGCAACUUUAAUUGGACGCACCAGAGGUGCACUUAGAUCCGUCAGAUCUGCAUUGGGGGGUAGUGGAGAGUAUCUUCAGGGUCUGGGUAGUAGGAUAGGAUCCGCUUUAAGUAGUAGUUUAGAAGAGAGCGAAUUGACCACGACCCCGUCGACACCGCCUUCUUCGCCACAAGCACUACCUCAGACAGAUAAACCGGAAGAGCAGUUGGCUAGACGAAAAUUGAGGCUUCCAAGAUUUGGAGCUGGGAUGUGUUACGAGGAUUACGAAGCGAUCGCUAGGCACAAAUUAGAACGGCAGGGUAGCGCAAGUAUGUCCAGGUGUAUGAGGAAGUAUCCUCCUGGCAUGACUUACGAAGAAAUAACUUCAUCCAGAACAGUCGGAAAGAAAACGCAAGAAGAUAAAAUCGAGGAUGAUAACAGUCCCGAUAGAGAUAGUCAAGAGAGCAUAGAACCUCUUCAGGAAAAGGAUAUCAAAGCUACAGGACCUGAUCCUUUCGACAAAUUGAAUUACAGAGCAGCAAGAGCCCCGACCCGCUAUCAGACGGUCGUUUUUCGUUUAGACAUGCAACCAUGCAGCAGCGAUUCGAUGAGCGAUCAGGAUGGUUACGGGCCUAGCACUAGUUUGGAUUCGAACAUGGAUGGUCGUAGAUUAUGGCAAAGAUCAGGCUCGUCAGGAUCUGGUCAAUCUUGGGCUUCCAGUUUGUCCGCAGACAGCAUGUCUGAAGAAUCCGCUGCGGAUUUUAUGAAAACCUUCGUGCCUCUUCUAUUCGACGCUCCGAAUAGCAUUGAUCAGGAGCAGAAAGCAAGUUUCGGUCAAAUGGUUCUUACAGAAUCUGGUAGAAUAUGGUUCUCCCGAGUGGUGAACGCGAGAAGAGCACGACCCUGUGUAACCGAAGAAUCAUUUUACUCUUUGGCGCAACAUUUUGCGGUGGCCCUUUUCGAAUGUCACGAAGCGGAUGAUUUUGCACCUGCUAAGAGUCUCAUGAACAUGUGUUUUACGUUUUAUCACGAAGUCGAAGUACCGGGGUUGGAACCAUACCGCGAGUAUUUGUACACACAUCUACGAGUUCAACCAAUAUGGACAUCGAUGAGGUUUUGGACUGCAGCAUUCUUCGAUGCAGUUCAAUGUGAACGAGCCUCAAGACCAGUUCCUCCGAGACCAAAAUCCUUGGAUCAGGAAGCUAUUGCCAUAGAAGAUCGUAAAUUCCAAGCUAACAUUGUAUUUGGACAAUUAGGGACAUUCACAUGUAAUAUGCAUGCAUUUGGCCUCUCUCGUACUCUGUGCCUAGAAUUUCUUAGGAAGCAGUGCGUAAUUGCAAAUUUGACGAAAGAGCAGGAAAAAAUGCUUCGCGACAAUAUUGAAAGGAUGUUCGACGAAACAGAACCAUGGCGGUAGGUUCGUUUAACUAUGAUCCAGCGAUCUAUGAAAGAAAUGAUUUUUAAAAUAUUUUCAACAGUCGCGAAAGAAGAGUAUCGUGAUGUUGUCAAUUAAAGGAACAUAACUCGAUAUGUGAAAGGAAUUCCAGGGAAAAGAAGUCAAUUUCAAUGAAAUAAGAGCACGGUUGUAAUUCUAUCGGAUGCGACCGAAUCAAAGAGAACUUCAGGCGCAAACCGUUCCUAAGCUUAAUUAGACAAAAUUGUGUAAAUUUGAAUCAAUGAAAUCGAAUGUUUCUUACAACCAGCGAUCCGAACAAUUAACUACAAUAGAACUCUAUUUAUUCAUUGGCAUCACUAGAUACAUGCCAGGAUGAGUCUGCUCCUUUUCAAAAUGUCAUCAUUCUAAAGUUUUAGAAUUCUAAAAUUCCAGAACAUCAAAAUUUCAGAACGUACAAAAUUUAAAAAUACCACGUUCUGGAUUUCGAAAUUCCACAAUUUUAAUAUUUCAGAAUUUUAAGAUCCUACAGUUAAAAAAUUUUGUAAUUGUAGAAUUAAGUGAAUAAUUGGAGUUCAAAUAAAUCGACUUGUUACAUUGUUAAUAUUACAAUCAUGAAAUUUCAUGGUUUUAAUUCUAUUCAAUCAAUUUAGAAAAUAUUCGAUUAACCUUUCGAAUUUCUUUGUUGUUUCUGAUUACCCAACAAGAUUCUAUCAAUUUGCUUACCAUAAUCAAUGAGAUUCUUGUGUCUCGAUCCAAUUGAAAUGCUUUAAGCGUAAAUGGACAAUAAGUUAUAUGAAAUGAGUAUGCGAAAUUAAUACAGUAGAACUCUGUAAAAUAAAAUAAACAAACAAUACUUUUUGAGUUCAGAAUAAAUUAUGCAGAGUGCACCAUUUUCCAGGAUUUUCUCUAAUUAUUUUUCUGGUCCUGAUUUAUUCAAGUAAACAGAAUUCUACUAUAAUAAUUUUGCUGCGAUAAUCGACGUGGAUAAAUGUAUGUAAAUUGUGUAUUUGUGUACCAGUGAACCGAUUUUCAUGAUGUCAGUGGUUCAAAAUAAUUUCCCAGGGUAAUAUCUUGCCGAUUGGCAGCGAAAGCAUGAAAAAGAGAGCUUAUUUAAAAAGAAAAUUUGCCAAUUUUCGUAUGAACACACUCGUUUUAUAAAUUCAAAUAGAUUCUUGAUCAAUUAUUAUUCAGAAUUUUAGAUGAUAGUUUGCACAGUGCUCGUAGCUGAUAUCUUUCUAACGUUUGUCAGAAUAUGUUUACGAACAAAGAUGUAGAGAAUUUGCAAAUUAAAGUAGCUUAAUUUUAUUAUCCUUCGUUAAUCUUUAACGCAGCGAUAAAGUAUUAAUGUAAUUUUCGAAUUAAUCAUGCAGCUCGUUUAUGAAUCUUUAUCCUGAUAAUAUUAGCUACACAAAUUUCCUUUCUCGAUGUGUCUAUGUACAUAUGUUUGUAUCUGAGAGACAUAUCAUAAAACGCAAGCACCAUAUUUUAUUUUGUAUAUCUACUCGCAUUUUCAGCGAAUGUUGUUAGAGUGAAAAGAGAUUUGUUAAUAAAUUUCCUCACCACA